UCACACGCACAUAUCUUGCUGUCUGGUAUUCGUUUCCAUUGCAUUUCAAUUCGGCGCUGCGAUAUGCCAGACAAGGUGAAUUUGAUCGAAGGGAUGCGCCCUGUCACGCAUGACCACCUUCGUGAGGCGCGCGUUAUCGCGAAUCAAGUCACGCUGAGCCAGUUGACUUCCAUGGUGAAGAACAACUCUGCUGCAGACAUAUCUGAUUUGUUGAAACGAGAAUCCACAUCAUAUCCUGAUCUUGUAGGGUCUCUCGCCACUUCAUUUGCCUCCGGCUCAAACGAUACGACGAUAAAUAGCGACCCUCUCCCUUCCGUUGCGACAGGACUAUUGGACCUUCCAGUCGAAGUCUCUGCUAUAACAGUCAUCCAAUCUUUGAGUCCAUCAAUUCUGACCUUGGUAAACGCCGAUCAGGGGUACGAGGGUGACCAGGAAUAUUUAUCUACAGACAUGGCCGUCAUUCUCAAUCAGAUUAUACGGGGUGGAGAGAUCUUAUUCCAGCUUCACAAUGCAUUCGUAAUCAGCAUUGGGCAUGGCCACGUGGUUAAGAUCGCGACGUCUCUUGACCCCAAUCAUAUUGAAAAUACACAAUAUCUCACUACACACAUUCCAGAGCUUCCAAUUCCUCGCUGCUUAGGUGCUUUAAGGAGUGGUCAGUGGACAUAUUCGUUCAUGUCUCAAGCACUAGGAGUCACCCUUGAGAGCGUCUGGCCGGAACUGUCAACGGCACAGAAAAUUUCGGUACAGGAGCAGCUUGGCAAUCAUCUCCAGCUUCUUCGAAGUCAACCCCAUUUGAAAUCCGAGUCAGAGGUCUAUCUAGGAAGUUUCGUGUCUGGCGUUUGCAAGGAUUCAAGGAGAAUGCAACGUGUUAGCUCUAAACCUGUGCGGACAGAAGCCGACUUCAACGACUUUCUCUUCUAUGCCCCUAGAAAGACGGUGACACCAUGGGUCGAAAGGAUUCGAUCCGUCAUGAGAGACGACCAUCGCAUCGUAAUGACCCAUGGAGAUCUGCAUCCUCGAAACAUCAUGGUCAUUUUAGAGACAGCUAAAUCCUCUACGUCAGAGGAGAAAACGACGCAGACUAGAGAAUCUGUCGUUCGAGUAUCAUCAAUCCUUGAUUGGGAGACUGCAGGUUGGUAUCCGGAGUACUGGGAAUUUAUUAAAGCCAUGAACACGAUCGGCGCUCGCGGUCCCCUGAGUGAUUGGAGUGACUUCCUUCCGACCAAAGCUAUCGGAUGUUUCCCCGUCGAAUACUCCCUUGACCACCUUCUCGACCAGUGGCUUGGAUAG